CUACAAGGAGCGCGAGCCCAAUAACUCCGCUCAAGAACCCUCGUUCUAACUUUCAUAUUCUUUCUUCUCUAGCGAAGCGCGAACCCGUUUGUUCACAAGAGUUGCUUUGAGAGCAGGAAUUUAAUCGAGCACUUGGCGUGCAAUAUCGCAUAUUUUUCGCUCUGAACAUGAAGAAGGCCAACAAAACGGCUCUCUUAACGUUUGCUGAGAGGUGUAAGAAUAUUCUUGCUUCCAACUGGAUUGGUAGUCUCAAUACUAUCAAAGCCGAUGCCAAAGGAAGCAAGGAGGACAUUCACACCUCAAAAGUUAUGUACGUGAUCAGGAAAGGAAGGCCAUACAUUUGGGUUCCUGAGAAGGAUUUGCACAAUGUGAAUACAAUCAUUGAUGAGCGAGGUUCAUUUUCUGUGGCCAGUCCUUUCCCAGGUCCUCUAGCUUACUUGUUCAGAUCCCUGGAAAAGUUGCCACCACGGGUUGCACUUACCGGGGACAUUACACGUCUUAAAAGCGAAAAGGCUCAGGAUGCUGUUGAAAGGCUUAGAGGGGCCAUACUGUCUGAACAGAAAGCCAUUGAAGACUUUGGAAGUACAGCCUCCAAUGUCUUGAACUCCUCCAGCCUUAAAUAUACAUCACGCAGCCAACACCUCAAGGAGUUCUUAGAAGGGAACGAAGAACACGUGGUCUAUAAGUUUGAUGUGAGAUCAAGUAUGUUUAUUGAUAGUAAAGGAGGUAUGCACGAGGUUGAUGCAGAGGACUUCGGCACCUCGAAAGCAGACUCAUUAGCGCCUUUCUCGGCAGCGCUUAUUGAUGGAAUAAACCAAAGCGACGCGAGACGUCGAGCCCUGAUGCUUUUCUGUCAUGUGUACUUCAAUGCAAAUGCAAAGGAUGCAUACAUAUUACGAGUGGAUCGCAAGGGAUUUGAUAUGCUGGGAAAAGUUCCAAGCCUCACUGUGGGGGAUGGAUUCGGCCAGUGUGAGUGGAAAGAUUUCAGAUUUACAUUGAAGAAUGAAGCGACGAACAUUGGAGAUUUUUGCCAACAAUUAAUGGAAAUGGAGGAGGAAGUUGUGAAGAGAAUUACCAAUUAUAGUGGUCUUGGGUAGCCUUCCAGCAAAUAAUUGCCAAGGACUGCCUUAAAUCUAGGCACAUUUUGUUGUAAUUCAUACGGUUAAGUCUGUUCUACUGCAGCAAUUUAGCGCAAUAAUUGAU